CCCAUAGAAACAAAAAAAAAAUUCACUCCUUUCUUAAACUCCUUCCUUCUUUAUUGUUCUCUGGUAUAAAAAUCCCAGCUUCAUUAAAAAGAACUUCGUCCACAUCCAUUACCUUCUGCUGCGGUAAUCUAUCUCUCUUCCAGAUUUAUUUCAUGUUUUCAAGGUGCCAAUCCUUCUUCGAGGGACUUUCAUAAUUCAUCGAUGGUAAUCAUGGGGUGGGAGAAUAAAAAUGUCAUGUUCUCCUUAUGUGUGAGUUCGUGAGAUCGAGAGAGACGUGUUGAGCUGUUCCUAUUCUCUUCCCUGGCGGUCCUUGUCGUGCCUUUCUUAUUGCCAGCGAAGGCGCAUCUCCGAGCGGGAACGGAUGGGGGAGGAGAUGGAGACCACGACAGGCCGAUUCGGUGUUGGAUUUGGACUCUUCUUCCCACCUCCCCUGUUCCACUGAAACCCAGGGGACCACCGCAUUGCCCUCCGGGCGCGAGGUCCGGCCCCCAAGCGGCGAGAUUCUUGAAGGGAACCUAAUCCCGAGGCGCAUUUAAGGGAAAGGCGGCACCUUGAUCGGUUUUUUUAAGGAUUUGAGCCGGUGGUGGUCUUCUCUCCGGCAGUCAUGGCGCCGUCGUUCGGUUGGUGGGCCAAGGAGACCCACCGCGGGACGCCGGUAAUCGUCAAAAUGGAGAAUCCCAACUGGUCCAUCUCGGAGAUCUCCCCGGACGACGACGAUGACUACGGUGUCGGCGUUGGCGACGACGGAGGAGAGGAGUUCGCUGCCGGCGCCCGGCCGCGGAAGGGCGGGAGGGGGAAGAACGCGAAGCAGAUCACCUGGGUGCUCCUCCUCAAGGCCCACCGUGCCGCCGGCUGCCUCACCUCCCUCGCCUCCGCCGUCUUCGGCUUCGCAUCCGCCGUCCGCCGCCGGGUCGCCUCCGGCCGGACGGACUCCGACGCCGCCUCAUCCCCUCAGGAGGAGAGCCCGGUGCUGCGCACCCGGUUCUAUUCUUGUAUCAAGGUCUUCCUUUGGCUCUCGGUGGUGCUCUUGGGGGUUGAGGUCGUUGCCUACUGCAAGGGCUGGCACCUGGGAGCCCCCAAGCUCCGGGGCCUCGCCUUCCCCACCUCAUUUGGCGUUCGAGAUCUCUUCGACUCCGUGUACUCCGGGUGGAUCCACUUCCGGGCGGAGUACGUCGCUCCGCCGCUCCAGUUCCUCGCCGACGCCUGCGUCGUUCUUUUCCUCAUCCAGAGCGCUGACCGCCUCAUCCUCUGCAUCGGCUGCUUCUGGAUCCGUUUCAAGAGGAUCAAACCGGUGCCGAAGAACGCUAAGCUUGGCGCCGGAGCUUCCGAAGACCUCGAAUCCGGCGGCGAGGAUUUUCCCAUGGUGCUUGUCCAGAUACCCAUGUGCAAUGAGAGAGAGGUGUAUCAGCAGUCGAUUGCUGCUGUGUGCAAUCUAGAUUGGCCGAGGUCCAAUUUGCUGGUUCAGGUGUUGGAUGAUUCCAACGAUCCCACGACGCAGGCACUGAUCAAGGAGGAGGUGGAGAAGUGGCAGCAGAAUGGAGCUCGGAUCGUGUACCGACACCGGGUUAUCCGAGAUGGAUACAAGGCUGGGAACCUCAAGUCCGCCAUGAAUUGCAGCUAUGUUAAGGACUAUGAGCUCGUCGCCAUCUUUGAUGCCGACUUCCAGCCGCAGCCGGACUUUUUGAAGCGAACUGUUCCCCAUUUUAAGGACAAUGAGGAGGUGGGGCUGGUGCAGGCGAGGUGGUCUUUUGUGAACAAAGAUGAGAAUUUGCUGACCAGGCUGCAGAACAUUAAUCUGUGCUUUCACUUUGAGGUGGAGCAGCAGGUGAAUGGGGUGUUCAUCGACUUCUUUGGAUUCAACGGGACGGCUGGAGUUUGGAGAAUUAAGGCUCUGGAAGAUGCUGGGGGAUGGAUGGAGAGAACCACUGUGGAGGACAUGGACAUUGCGGUCCGAGCCCAUCUCAAGGGAUGGAAGUUCAUCUUCCUCAAUGACGUGGAGUGCCAAUGUGAAUUGCCGGAGUCAUACGAGGCUUACAGGAAGCAGCAACACCGAUGGCAUUCCGGCCCAAUGCAGUUGUUUAGGCUCUGCUUGCCAGAUAUUAUCCGAGCCAAGAUUGGGUUCUGGAAGAAGGCCAACUUGAUCUUUCUGUUUUUCCUUCUCCGAAAACUCAUAUUACCAUUCUACUCCUUUACUUUAUUCUGCAUCAUCCUCCCAAUGACCAUGUUUGUCCCUGAAGCCGAGCUCCCUGCAUGGGUGGUCUGCUACAUCCCCGCCAUGAUGUCCUUCCUCAACAUCCUGCCUGCACCUAGAUCCUUCCCAUUCAUUGUCCCCUACCUGCUCUUCGAAAAUACCAUGUCUGUGACCAAGUUCAAUGCCAUGAUCUCUGGCCUAUUCCAACUUGGGAGCGCCUAUGAAUGGGUUGUCACAAAGAAAUCAGGCCGUUCCUCUGAGGGUGAUCUUGUUCACUUAAUAGAAAAAGAACCUAAACAACAACGUGGUGCCUCUGCUCCCAACCUUGAUGCCAUUGCAAAGGAAGAACCCAAGGCCAGAAAGGAUAGGAAAAAACAUAACAGGAUCUACCGGAAAGAGCUGGCACUUGCCUGCCUUCUCUUGACUGCUUCUGCUCGAAGUUUGCUCUCCGCUCAGGGUAUACAUUUUUACUUCCUCCUCUUUCAAGGGGUCUCAUUCCUGUUGGUGGGUCUUGAUCUGAUUGGCGAGCAGAUUCAGUGAAAGCUUAAAAGCAAUUGCACAGAGGGACUUGUUAUGUGGACUGCAUGAUCUUAAUUAAGGGAGGCAUGCACAGCUUGUGCCCCUCACCAGAAUCAUUUUCAUCCCUUGUAGGGGGAGAAUUUAAAAUUUCCUCUUGUUGGAGGUGUAGAUAUUUCUACGCUCAGCCUGUUAGAUGCUUCAUUCUUUCAGGUCUUAUUCUUUUGUAAGAAAGUUUUGAUGUUCGGAUGGGAUUUUACCUACAGUUUUCAACACAGUUUUACCUUUUUAUCAGACUUUGAACAGGGUGGGAUAACAUCCAUUCAUUUACUGGGUAGCAUUUUGUCAAUUCUUAAAGGAGCAAGAUUUACGUGUUGAUGUAAACUGUUUCUGAGUUCCCGAGGUCUCAAUUUCAAGAGGAAUGAAUUUAUUCGCGCAGAUAGAAAAAUUCAGCCA